AUGGGACACACUACGGAUAAUUGCUGGACUCUGCGCAAGGAAAUUGAGAGAUUGAUUAAAGCAGGUCACUUGGCAAACUUUGUCUCAGGUGAAAACACACAGUCAGAAGCUGUCAAGGCCUCCGGAGGCGGCUCGUCAAAAGGAAAGGAAGUAGUGGAGGAUUUGGGAGCACCCGCUGGGUCCUGCUUGUCAAUCGCUGGAGGCUUCGGCGGUGGGCGUUUAUCUUGUAUAGGGCGAAAAAGGUACGUAGAGGCGGUGAACUUAGUACACAAAGCUUAUGAGGGUGAGUGUUGGUUGAACCACACUCCUAUCACUUUCUCACCAAAGGAUUUUGAUCAUGUGAUUCCACACGACAACGAUCCAAUAGUGGUGACUUUACGCGUGAAUAACUAUGUUACUAAGAAAGUCUUUUUGGACCAAGGAAGUUCUGCAUACAUCAUAUAUGGCGAUGCAUUUGAAAGAUUGGGCCUAAAGGAGUCGGACUUAAAGCCAUACACAGGGUGCUUGGUAGGAUUCACAAGCGAUCAGGCCAAGGUUAGAGGUUAUGUUGAGUUGGCCACAGCUUUUGGCGAGGGGGAGUUUGUGAAAAAGUUUCAAGUAAAGUAUUUGGUUCUUCCAUGUAAGGCGACGUACAAUGUACUUUUGGGGUGUGAUACUUUAAACAAAGUAUGUGCUAUAAUCUCAACCACCCAUUUAACAGUAAAGUAUCCAGCUUGUAAUGGAAAAAUUGGAAUUUUAAGGGUGGAUCAAGAGGCUGCAAGAGCAUGUUAUGCUGAAAGUUUGGCACUUUAUGGUAAAAGGGCGGCCAAGGAAGCUCAUCGUGUCACAGAAAUCUUUACAUGA